CAGAGGUGAGAAUGUGUUGUAACAGCAGAAGCGUUACAGUAUUCUUUUCAACUCACUGGUUGAUUCAUACUUCCUGUCAGGCACUCCUCAGCAUAACGGUCAGACAGCGUUGGCAAGAAUCUUCCUCAUUCUAUUCUUGACAUGAAUCACUAUCUUCCAUUUGUCCUAUUGUCCAUCUUCCUGUCUGUGGUUCCAAAUGCAUGGUGCCAAGAAGAUGUUUGCUCCAAGUCCAAAGUAAACUCUUGCAAUGACUGUAUCACAUCAGGGCCAUACUGCGCUUGGUGUCAACAACUGAAUUUCACCAAAGCAGGUGAGCAGGAGUCGGCACGCUGCGACACUCAAGCUAAUUUGAUGGGAAGAGGCUGCAAGAAAGAAGAAAUUAUCAACCCACUGAGCAGUCAACAAGUAGACAAGAAUGAACCUUUGUCUACAUCAUUCAAUAUGGAAGAGCCCGUUCAACUUAGCCCACAGAAGAUAAGUCUAAGAUUGCGACCUGGGCUUUCAACUACUUUUAGUGUUUCAUUCAAAAGAAUUCAAGGCUAUCCAGUUGAUCUCUAUUACCUGAUGGACUUGUCUUUCUCCAUGAGAGAUGACUUACAGAAUGUGAAAGGCCUGGGGGAAGAUCUCUUUAAAUCUCUGGAAAAGUUUACAGAACAUGCUCAGAUUGGGUUUGGUGCCUUUGUUGAUAAGACAGUUCUUCCAUAUACCAACACCAACAAGAAGAAACUGCUGAAGCCAUGCGAAGGCAAUGUGCAGUGUCAAUCCCCCUUUGGCUACCGUCAUGUGCUGAGUUUGACGCCAAGGAUUGAUGAGUUCAAAGACAAAGUAACAGGGCAGUUAAUUUCUGGGAACUUGGAUUCUCCAGAAGGGAGUCUUGAUGCCAUGAUGCAGGCUGCUGUUUGUGGGGAUAAAAUUGGUUGGAGGAACAGCAGCACUCGACUGCUUGUCUUGGCAACUGAUGAUGGAUUCCAUAUGGCUGGAGAUGGAAAAUUGGCUGGUAUCCUAGAACCUAAUGAUGAACAGUGUCAUAUGUACAAAUCUAUUUAUACCAAGAGCAAUGAAAUGGACUACCCAUCUGUUGGACAAAUAGCAAGGCAGUUGGAAAAAGAAAAUAUUCAACCCAUAUUUGCUGUGACGGAAAAUAUGGUAAACAUGUACAAGAACCUCUCCAAAAUGAUUCCAAAAUCUGAAGUGGGACUUUUGUCUAACGAUUCCAAUAAUGUUGUUCAGUUGAUUGAAACUGCAUACAAUAAAUUGUCUUCAAAAGUUACACUGACCCAUGAAAAUCUCCCUGAAAAUGUUAGAGUCGUCUAUACACCACGCUGUAAACACGCAAAGCAAGAAGGAGAAAACAAAGGAGUUUGUGACAAUGUUCUUGUGGGACAGGAGAUUUCUUUUGAUAUAACAAUCACAGCAGACUCCUGCAUCGAGAACAAGACAUUCUCAAUCAGACCACUGGGCAUUAAAGAUACAUUGACAGUGACCUUGUCGACAAGCUGUGAGUGUCAGUGUAAAGAUCCGAGGGAAAGUAACCAACAAUACUGUAAUGCCAGGGGAACAAUAGAGUGUGGUAUUUGCAGUUGCAACCAAGGCUCUGUCGGUCAGUUCUGCGAGUGCUCCAUUGGCAACAAAGAUGAACACUCCAUUAAAGAGUCAUGUAAGGGCCCAAGUGGUUCUGAAUGUGAGGGUCGUGGAGAUUGUGUGUGCGGGAGAUGCCAGUGCCACACAACAGCAAGUGGAAGCAGUUACCAUGGUGACUUCUGUCAAUGUGACGACGAACACUGUGAGAAGUUCCAGAAUAAAUUAUGCGGAGGAAAUGGUAAGUGCAACUGCGGCAAAUGUGAAUGCUACCCAGGCUUUGAAGGCUCAGCGUGUCAGUGCACAAAAUCAGAAGAGGGGUGUCGUACCCCAAAUAAUACCAUUUGCUACGGGAGAGGAGACUGUAAGUGUAACCGGUGUGAGUGUAAAAAUACAUACCAACGUCCACAUUGCCAGAAAUGUCUCGGUUGCCCGGACCCGUGCCAAGUCAAAUCAAAUUGCAUUGAAUGUCUCGGUUUUCAAUCUGGUCCUUUUAAUAAGAACUGCAGCGCGGCUUGCCGCGAGAGCGUUUUGCAUGAAAUGGUAGAUCAGUUCACAAUUGCGAGCAAAUUGUGCAAGCAAAGGGACACAAAUGGUUGUUGGAUGAAAUUCAAGUUGGAUCAACUAUUUGGAGAGGAUAAGUUCAUGGCUGAAAUUCUGAAAGAGAGAGAGUGUCCAGAACCACCCAGUGUCGCGGCUAUCAUCGGGGGUUCUAUUGCGUCCGUGGCUCUCAUCGGCAUCUUGUUGUUAUUGCUGAUUAAGCUGCUUAUCUACAUGAAAGAUCUGAAAGAGUUCAGGAAGUUUGAAAAUGAAAAGAAGAAAUCCAAAUGGGCAGAGGCAGACAAUCCACUUUUCCAGAAUGCCACCACUACUGUGACCAAUCCAACCUUCACUGGAGAAAAAUAGGCACCGCCUCUUCAAGAUACCACAAAGUGUGUUACAUCAAAUGAAAGAUGUUUCUCCCCAAAAAACUGCUUUAAAUAUCUUCUUCUAUGCCGGCCUGACAGGGUCAUCUUGUUUGAAUCUACAAAAUCCCCUAAACUAAUGUUUUGUUAAUUUACAGAAGGCGGCACGGCGAGUGGUUAGGUUAUCCGCCUCACAUCGAAGUAGCAUAUAAAUAAUGUAUUUAAUGAUCUUUUUUUUUUUUUUUAAUCUUCUGUUGUUGUCUACUCUUCCUUGCUCUCUGUAGCUGUCCAGCCGUUUUCUCUGACUAAACAACACAAUACAAGCAACUACAAUUGGAGUACACCAAACUCCUACGAUGUGGCACAAUAAAACUAUUAAGCCUAUAAAGACACCCAGAUUCCCAUUUUCCAUGUCUAAACAGCUGAAAGGGCAUGUUUAAAAAAAGAAGAAAAAAAAAAAUAGACCAAUGUAAAGUUACAAGAAGGAAGCUAUUUUUUGUUGUCUUUAGCAACGAAUUCAAAUAUAUUUUUACAAUCAAACCUUCUUUAGAGAAAAAGGCAGAAUUAUUAGCGCUUGCACUGGAUGUAAUAUGUUUAUAGACUGAUGAUAUGAUAUUGUAGUAGGCUACAGAGUUGGGUAGUCGCCAAAUAUUUUAAUCAACGGAUCAAGAGUAGUGAAAUUACAUUACUCUAGUAGAAGUAAAAAAGUAAUUCAAAAAUUAACUCAAGUACAAGUGAAAAAGUAUUCAUUGAAAAGAAUACUCAAGUACUGAGUAACAUUGUGAGUAACUGCUUACAUUGUCUGAUUUUUAACAAGAAGAUGGUAUAUUUUAUUUCUCAGCACAAUGCCAUCUAUAUAAACUGUUAUUAUUAUACUGUAUUAACUGUACUAUAACCUUUUAUAUGACCAUAUUAUGACCAUAUUAAGCCAAAAAGAUGACACAAAAAUUGACAAAUUCAGACCAGAACAACACUUGAAACAUCACCCAUCCUUUAAUCCUAAAACAUUAGUAACUGUUGCAUCUUGUGCCUUAUUGAGAUAACAAUGUCAGCCAUUUGUUUUUUGGGACCAUGUUACCAUGCUGAUACACUUGAACCACUUUUGAAAUGGUUUUGAUUCCUUUUUCCCCCUUUAUGCACUGUAGAGUGAUCAAAUUUUGACUGAAAUUAAAUAUGAUUAUUGAUAUGAUCAUGAAUAUGAUUUUUUGUGGAAAAAAACAACAACAGAAAGCAUCACCCGUCCAAGGAGCAUGAGCGCCCUCUAGUGGAGAAAAAAAAAACAUUGUUACCUCUGAUCGGUAUAAUAGAGCAUGUGGUUAUGAGACGAAAAAUAAAGUCAAUAUGUAGAAUAAAGAGGAAAAAUGUAAAGACUCUAGUUUAGCCCAAAGUAGCGGAGUAAGAAUAGCGUUUAUUCUUCGCAAAUCUACUCAAUUAAAAAGUAUUGCGUUGUAACACUUUAAGAAGUACAUUUUUCUCAAAAAGUUACUCAAGUAAAUGUAACUGAGUAAAUCUAACGUGUUACUACUCACCUCUGGUAGGCUAUAUGCAUUAAUAUUUUUUCUUUUACUACUACAAUUAUGGUUU